CGUAUCGUAUCGGAAGUAAUGAGCAAAUUAUUCAGGAAUUGCUCCAACAAUAUUUAUGUGAAAUGAAUAUAUACUAAUUUACUUUUUCGUGUAUAAGAUCCUUGAUUUCUAGAAGACGAAUAGCGAUUUUAAGUUUUAACUAAAUUCAAUUUUGCAAAAACAGUCUUAAUUACCAAUGCCUUGUCAACCAAUCAUAUGUUUGGCUAAUUAGUGAUGUCAAGUCAAUGUUUGUUUAUUUUUAUUGUUGUGUGUAUGUCAACAAACUUAAGAGAUUAGUUUUAACAUGAAUAAUAUACCGGAUUCAACAGCAGGAGAACCUUCUUGCAAACGUCAAGAAAAUGGCGACGCCCCAAUAGAGCUCGAAACUGAUCGCCCUUUAAAGAAAGCAAGGUUUGCGUGGCAAGUAAAGGGUAAAUACCAUUUAAAAAAUGAAAUUACUGAAGUUAAACCUUCAAUUCCCAACGACGAUUAUGAUAAACCUUGUUCUUCAUCACACGUGAACCCCGAACACAAGAAUGUAGUGGGGAAUACUGAACAAAACCUUGAAAUUUUGGGUGACUAUCUCUUAAAGCAAGAUUUCAAUACACUGGAUUCAGUAGCGGAUUGUGAAAAACUUUUGCCUCCAACAACAGCAAGUGAAAAGUUACCAUAUCCACGGUAUAUAAGUUCCUUUGAGACAUCUUCAAAUAGUACAAAUGAAAGUAAUAGUAAUGAAUUGCAGUCACAGUCAUCGAACCCUAUAAUGAACAGUAAUUAUUACACAGAGGAUCAGUGUAUAGCACGGUGGCAAGCAAGACAGAUGGCAAAGUGUUUUGUUGACAAUACCAUAAACCGUGUACUCGACAACUGGAUGCUAGCACCUCUUCCACCAGAUGCUGAUAACAACAGAGUUCUGGCUUUAGAUGUAGCCGAAUUCAUAAACAAUCUCCCUGGAGAUAAUACAAUUGAAAAUGAGGGUAUUCUAAUGGCUAUUUCAGCUCAUGGUCUACAGAACACAAGCAAUGCAAGUAGUAGUAACGAUCAUGAGAAAUCACUAACGGAUUCACAAUCAAAAGAUAUGUUUAAUUCUUCUCCGAGCAGUCCGAUACAAUCAGAUGAUGAAUUAUCACAAACAGCGAAUAGUAAUAAGAACAGUGAUCCGAACUCAUCCAAUGAACUUGAUUGUAACGAUAUGCAGAUAGCCUUUUACCCUGGCAGUUCAAGCUCUUAUAAGUACUAUGGCGAGAAUGAUCUUGAUAACUCUAAUAUUGAAUGUGAAGGCGAUGAAACAAUACAAUGCAGUGAUGAUGUUAUAGAAAAUUAUGAUUUCUUAGAUGCUGCUGUCUCAUUUGCAAUUCAAAACAAAGGACUGACAUCGUUUGGGACAGAUUAUGGAUAAAAAUCCAUAAUUAUUUGUUAUUAACCAUACAUGAUAGUAUAAAUAGCUAUAAAAAUUAAACAAAAUAGUAAUAAAUAAAGUAUUAUCAAUAAUAGUGAAUUACAUAAUUAUUGUCUUGUAAUUACGCUAUAUUUGUAUACAUAAUAUAAUUUUAUUAAAUUACUUAGUAUAUUUUGAGACUGAUUUCAUGAAAUUAUGUUACAUUUUAUAAACCAUAAUGUAUUUUAUGUUAAUAAGCUUAGAUAAUUUAUAUCUCUAGAUAAAGCCUAGGGGUUUAUUACUUUUGUGUGAGCAAUUAGUUUUGUUUUAAAGUGAUAACCCUCACUUCUACGAAUAAUACACAAAUAAAAUUUGAAAAACAAAAUUUUAUGCGGGACUGGAACCCACGACCUCCGGUGUUCCAUGCCGGUGCUCUAAGCAACUGAGCUCGUCGUGAAUCGUCAUAAAAACUUGUAUGCUUUGUUCAACCCAAGUUAUCACUUUAAAACAAAACAAAUUGCUUUGAUUUACAAUAUAGCGACAUCUCAAGUCAAUUUCCUAAUGUGCAAAUAUUGGGGUUGAGCAGGCUAUCAACUGUAAAGUAGAUGAAAAUGAAGCCACAACCUGAGAGUUGAACAAAGCAUACAAGAUUUUAUGACGAUACGUCACUCGAAUUCAGUUUGCUCAUUUGCUUAGAGCACCGGCACGGAACGCCGGAGGUCAUGGGUUCGAGUCCCGCAUUGUUUAUAAAAUUUUGUUUUUCAAAUUUUAUUUGUGUGCAUCAUAGGCUAUGUCAUACACUCGCGAUACCAAUGUCAGUUUGCUUAAGUGUGUGUGUAUUGCUGAAAAUAGAAGUUACUUAUUAACAGCAGCUGUCACAGUCUAUCGAGAUGUAUAAAUCAACUAAGGAAAUAUAAUUCACCAUAAUUCUUGUUAAUAUAUAGUAAUAUGUACAUACAUUAAUGAUAUUAAGUUGUUUCAAUCCAUUUAAUUUGCUACUUAUAAUUAAUAUGUUUGAUGACAAUGUUGUGUAUUCCGUUCUUGUCAGAUUGUAAUUGGAAGUAUUUUUCCUUUGUACCAUAAAGAGCUAAAGUUACAAAUUGAUAGCCCAAAUGAAGCAUUAUUAGGGUUGGUAAAUAAUGAUCAACUUGUAAUUUCGUCUUCCCUAUAGGGAUACAUAGAAUAUCCACACAGACAGAGAAGCCACCUGGCAGAAACAGUGAUAAGGGCAGAAGCGGGAUGUAAAUUUCGCUACAGCUGAAUUUAAAUUGAAUGCCAUAUUAUUCAAGGCCAUUCACCCUUCCAUACUAAUUGGCUGUCUGAUGUUUUUAACAAUUUUGAUUGCUGAAUCAUAUUAUACAUUCUGUAUGCUUUUAUGCAAUAAACGAGAAAAAGUAUCUCGAAUACUUAUUAUAGCAGAACAUGAAAUGAAAGAAUAUCUGGUCUGUAUCAACUUAUUGGCAAAAUAUGGUGCAAAGGAAUAUCAAAGCUAUCUUGUGUUGUUGUAUGCUUAGUUAAAUCAAAUACGAACUAUCUAAAUUUUAACAUGAUUGCAAAAUAUUUAUUGAGUACAAAAUAUUUACUUAUUACUGAUGAAAUGUUGUAAAUAAUUAUUAUUAGUAUUGUAAGUAAACUUAGAUUAUUGUGAUAUAUUGCUUAUGUUUAUCUCCGCCAAAAGCAAAUUAAUAAAACAGUAAAAAACUAACAAGGAAUUCAAUAGCCAACCUUUGUAGUGGACAUGACCUCCAGGUGUUUUAGGUCAACGUUGAAUUCAUAACUUACCAUAAGGGCCGGACCUCUCUGGUUUAUAGAUCAUAGAAGUGAUCACUCUAUUAGUCGAAAUGAAUACUAAAUUAUCCUUUUAAUCCAUAAAAACGAGAAAAUUGAAAACCAUAAGUGUGUGGACUUAUUGUCUUAUUGCAAAUUUUUUAAUUCUUGCCAAAAUUUAUGGACGAUGCAGUAUUCGAAUGAGAGGUAAUGCCUUGAUAUAAAUGUCUAAAAACACUUUAAAGGAUUAGAAACGCGUGUAAUUGUAACAGUAUUUUCUCUAUAUUAGUACUAUCUCGAAUCUUGUCAACCUCAGUCCCCCUGAAAACGUGCUCUGAAAAAUCACGAAAAAUCAUCUAACUAACUAAAAUAAUAAUAAAAAUGUAACUUUUACGCAAAAACGACUGUAAAAAAACACAGUUACAAUUACACGCGUUUUUAAUCCUUAAAAAAGUGUUUUAUUUAAAUGUGUAAACACUCCCGUUUGUCAAAGAUAAUAUUAACUGCAAAGCAGGGGCGUACAUUGAUUUGUAGCAAGGUAGGCACUGUGGAUCUAACUAGUCGUAGUUGAGCUUUGGAAUUAGCAAAGAUUGCUUACGCGGUGUUGAAUAGAAGUUUGGUAAUAAAAUAACGGAACCAAAUUAACUUUUACACUAGUGCUAUAUUUGUUUAGGUUCAUAACGACGUAGGCACUGCCUGAUUACCUAUAUCCUAUGCACCCCCUGCUGAAAAGUAUAUCCUGUAGGUGGAGCCACAAUGGGGCGAGUGGAUCAAGCCUGGUUUGCUUUUAUGAUAUAUCAUCUAAUGGUUAGCUUACUUGUACACCGGUUUUAAGUCAGGAAUGCUAGAGGAGUUCUUGUUGUUCAGGUGCAAAUCUCGUAUUGUCUAUAAAUUUUGGCAGUGUGGGCGUUACAUUAACAAACUUUUAUUUAAAUCAGUUUAAAUUUAGAUAACUACAUGUAGAUAAAAGGCAUAUAUUUUCUCAAAAUUGAUUCCUUUAGAAUUCUUUUUGGUGUCAUUUAUAAUAAACUAGAUACCACUACCGCGUAGGAAAUAAAUGGCGCUCUGAGAGAGAAGAUAGAGCCUCUUGCUGCUAGACAACCGAUGAAAACAGGCCAGGCUUAUUAAUUUAGUGUUCGUGACAUGCUACGUCUUACACUCCCGAUUUGUAUGUCUCUUUGUGUUAGCGUGCGUGCAUUGCUCAAAAUAGAGGUUAACAGUCAGCCUCAUUUUUUUUCGAAGUAUCACAAUUGUCACAAUCUAUCUAGAUGUAUAAAUAAUGUAAGACUAAAAAAUAAAUUAUCUUACUACACUCAAAAAUAGACUGUCGAACAUCUAUUUUAAGUAUUACUUGUGCCAUGUACACAUGUUGGUGAAUAUGUGUAUAUGUAACCUUAAUAAUAUCAAUAAGAGAAAAUAUUUCUGUCUACCCUCUUUCAUCUUUUGCUACGUUCAUUGUCGACACUCGAAUUUCAAUUAUAUUUUAUUAUGCCAUUUUCAAACAUACCGAGGAAAAACACUCAGACAUAAAAUGCUGUUUAAAAUUAUAUCUAAUAUCUAUUUUUUUCAUGAUAAUAAGCGAUGAGACGAGCAGGACGUUCAGCGGAUGGUAAAUGAUACGCCCUGCCCAUUACACUGCAGUGCCGCUUAGGAUUCUUGACCAACCCCAAAAAAUUCUGAGCGGCACUACAACUGCGCUCGUGACCUUGAGACAUGAGAUGUUAGGUCUCAUUUGCCCAGUGAUUUCACUAGCUACGGCGCCCUUCAGACCGAAACACAGUAAUGCUUACACAUUACUGCUUCACGGCAGAUAAAGGCGCCGUUACUUUGUUUUUUUUAGUUUAUUGAAGGUCCACUAACACAGGAUACACAUGUCAAUUCGCAAAAUAAUAACACAAGGUACAAAAAUCGUGUUCCUGCAAUACAGGUGAAAACGUCGUGCACAUCAACAUACAAAGAAUUUAAUUUAAAAUUAUAUAAAAGUAAAUUGGAGUCAUAUACGCUAAAAUAUAAAUUAGUAAAGACCAAUAAUAUAAAUAUUUGAUGUCUUCAAAUAUUUUUUCUGAUCACAUUUUGAAAGCAAAGUAGGAUUUUUAUCAUGUAAAUUAUUUUAAGAUAAUUAAUUCUACCUGUGAAUUAAAUAGCACAAAUGACUUGAACGA